AUGCAUCUUCUAAUUCAUUUCCUGCCGUUGGUUGCUGUGCUGCAAGUAUCUCUAGCACAGAGAGAAACAUCAUUUGUAAUUAAACUCUCCAAGCAACAACAGGAAGAAAUUGUUGACAUGUAUAAUGCUGCCAGGAGAUCAGUGGAACCAACUGCUAGUAACAUGCAGAAAAUGAAAUGGAGUGAUAAAGCUGCUGAAGGUGCAGAAAAGUGGGCUGCAGAAUGCCAAGCAAAAUCGAGCCUCCUGGAUGACAGAUACGCGGAUGGGCCGUGGCUCUAUCCUGUGGAAUCCUGGGAUUUGUGGUUUGAUGAGAAGCAGCAGGUGGGUUCUAUGGCUGAGAAUUUAGAAAUCUCCUCCUUUCAACUGGAAAUCCCAAAAUUCCAUAGGAUGUUGCCAUGCGGAAACGUAGUUGAUGCAUUACCAAAGCCCUACAAAGAAGGUCCAUCAUGUGCGGACUGUCCAGACGCCUGUGACGAUAAACUCUGCACCAAUCCAUGCAAGUAUAUAAAUCAUCUGAGUGCUAAGGAGUGUGCAAACAUAAUCGACCAUUAUGAAUGUGAGGUGGAUUGGGUUCAGGAAAAGUGCAAAGCUUCCUGCAAUUGUGAAACACGAUAA